AUGGAAACAAAUAAAAAUGCAACCAAAGCUUAUAACUCAUAUCAACAAACUGAGAUAAGAAAGCGAAAUAUGUUUGAGAAAGUCAAUGCGAAAGAUAUGAAAGCUUAUGAUGUACAGGAUAUUUACGGCCCACAGAUCACAGACAAAGACGGCGAGUUGCUGGAUAAACAUGACAGCUUUUAUCUUAAUACGAAGAGUUUGCUAGUACUGUUCCAGAUUAUGGGAGUUAUGCCUAUCAUGAGAGUGCCCAAACUGGGCAAGGAGCGUUUAGGCAAUUUCCAGCAAAAUUCCAACAAGAGAUUCGACGAAGUAAUAUAUAAUGUCAUAUUUUUGAGCAUCCUUAUUCCGCACUUCUUACUACCAAUUGCUUCGUGGCGUCAUGGGCCUGAAGUCGCUAUAUUUAAGAACAUGUGGACACAUUAUCAGCUAAAAUAUUUAAAAAUUACGGGUACUCCCAUUAUAUUUCCAAACCUCUAUUCUCUAACAUGGGGUCUAUGCAUAUUUUCCUGGGCCCUUAGCUUCGCUGUGAUUCUUUCGCAAAAUUAUCUUCAAGGUGACUUUGAGCUUUGGCAUUCCUUCGCUUAUUACCACAUAAUUGCUAUGUUAGAUGGUUUCUGCUCACUUUGGUAUAUUAAUUGCAAUGCUUUUGGUACUGCAUCAAAGGGCUUAGCGACCAAUCUUCACAAGGCAUUAGAGGCAGAACAACCAGCUUUAAAAUUGGCGCAAUUCCGCCACCUUUGGGUUGAUCUUUCACAUAUGAUGCAACAGCUUGGUAGGGCGUAUUCAAACAUGUACGGAAUAUAUUGUAUGGUGAUUUUCUUCACGACAACGAUCUCUUUAUACGGGGCACUUUCUGAGAUAUUAGAACAUGGUAUUAGCUAUAAAGAAAUGGGACUAUUCGUUAUAGUGGGUUACUGUAUGACCCUACUUUUCAUCAUUUGUAAUGAAGCUUACCACGCUACGAGGAAGGUUGGACUUGAAUUUCAAAUGCGUCUGCUAAAUGUGAAUUUGGGAUCCAUAGAUCGCAGUACUCAGCGCGAAGUGGAAAUGUUUUUAGUAGCAAUCGCUAAGAACCCGCCUAUCAUGAACCUUGAUGGAUUUACUAACAUUAACAGAGAAUUAUUUACAGCUAAUAUAUCCUACAUGUCAACGUAUUUAAUAGUUCUGAUGCAGUUUAAAUUAACACUAUUGAGGCAAGGAACAAGAAUUAUGAAAAAAAUUGCAAGAGCCAUUUUUAAUACUACGACAACAAUCGCCGAUGAAGGCGAAGAA